AUGGCGCGCCGCAGCGGCAGCUCGCGGCUGGUGCUGGCCCUGGCCGCCGCCGCGCUGGCGCUCGCCGUGCGCCUCUGGGCCCCCCCCGCCGGCCGCCUCGCGGCGGCGGCCCCGGCGGGGGCGUUCGCGGGCGCGCAGCUCACGCGCCGCGCGCCGCCCCGCGCCCAUCUGAUCGCGAGGCAGUCCGAAAAGGUGGUCCGGGUGGACAAGAUCGUCGAGUCGCUGAAGGAGCUCACCCUGCUGGAGGCGUCGGAGCUCGUGAAGGCCAUCGAGGACACGUUCGACGUGGACGCGUCGGCCUCGGGCGGUGCGGUGAUGAUGGCGGCGCCGGCCGCGGGCGGCGACGGGGCCGCGGACGAGAAGCCCGCGGAGAAGACCGAGUUUGACCUCGUCCUGAAGGAGGUGCCGAAGGACAAGAAGAUCGCCAUCCUGAAGGUGGUCCGCUCGAUCACGGGGCUCGGCCUGAAGGAAGCCAAGGGGAUGGUGGACAGCCCAGGGAAGCUGCUGGAGGCGAAGCCGAAGGACAUCUGCGAGGAGGCGCUGAAGCAGCUGGAGGAGGCCGGUGCCAAGGCCGCUCUGGAGUGA